CACACAUUAAACCACAACAUGGCCAACCCAAGACCGUUCCUCGCUCCUCUGAGCAGAAUAGGAGCAUCCUCGAUAGCGAUUCCCCGAGCUGAAAUAAUUCGACCCAGCAUCCUCCCCUACCAGACCCUGCGAUGCGCCUCUCAAAAAUCCGCCGCACCCAAGAAGAAGAAAAAGACGAGGAACACCUUCCUCCAGUAUGACCUGAAGCAUGCAGAGCAAUUCGCUCUCGUGGACGCGAUGCAAUACAUCCGCGCCUUCGAAGUUGGCCGCAACCCAGCAUCCUCAAAAUACGAAAUGCACGUUCGCCUGCGCACAUUGAAGAACGGCCCCGUCAUCCGCAAUCGACUUCGGCUCCCGCAUCCCGUGAAGACUGAUGUGAGGAUCUGCGUGAUUGCACCGCCGGGCUCCAAGGCCGCCGAGGAGGCCCGCGCUGCGGGUGCGGUGCUGGUGGGUGAGGACGAGGUUUUCAAUCAGAUCAAGGAGGGGAUUGUGGAGUUUGAAAGGUGUAUUUGCCACAUCGACUCGCUUGCGAAGUUGAAUAAGGCUGGUUUGGGAAGGGUUCUUGGUCCAAAGGGAUUGAUGCCCAGCACGAAGACGGGUACGGUUGUGAAUAAUGUGGGAGUUACGGUUAGGAAUAUGGUUGGUGCAAGUGAGUACAGGGAAAGGAUGGGUGUGAUCCGAAUGGCAGUUGGACAAUUGGCCUUCACUCCCGAAGAGAUGCAGAAGAAUGUUAAGGCGUUCAUGGAUACGCUGAAGAAGGAUAUUGCGCAAAUGCAAGAUCGAAUAAGCAAGGAGAUUCACGAAGUGGUGCUGAGCUCCACUAACUCUCCCGGGUUCACUUUGAACGGCGAGUUCAAGAACGCUAAUUCGAUACCAGUCAAGGAGCUUUCCGGUCCUUUGUAGCAUAUCUGAUCUAUAUGUAUAAGACAUUGUAUCAUAAUCUAACGCCAUCGCUAUGCUUGACCACAUUGCUGUAGAUAUAGGCCAU